UAUACAAGCACAGCAGGAAGCUGCAAUUUUGAAACAACUUCAGGCAACUGGUCUACGGCCUGCGGUCUUACUCAAGCCUCUGAGGAUGACUUGGACUGGUCCAUCGGCAGCAGAAUUCCUACUGAAGCAUUGAGUCCAGACUCUGAUCACACACCAGGUAGUGGCCAGCACUUCCUGUAUGUCAACUCAUCUGGCCCCAAAGAAGGAUUAACUGCAAGAAUCACAACCUCCAGUUAUUUCCCAGCAAGCCUCGGAAUGUGUACCGUUCGGUUCUGGUUCUACAUGGUUGAUUCCAGAAGCAUGGGGAUAUUAAAGGUGUACGUCAUUGAAGAAUCAGGGCUAAACAUCCUGGUGUGGUCAGUGAUUGGAAAUAAAAGAACUAGAUGGAUGUAUGGAUAUGUACCUAUCUCUAGUCACAGUCCAUUCAAGGUGGCAUUUGAAGCUGAUCUUAGUGGAGACGAGGACAUCUUUAUUGCCCUUGAUGACAUCUCUUUCACUCCUGAGUGUGUGUCUGGAGGUCCUGUCAGAGCACAGCCAUCACCCUGUGACGCUGACCAAUUCUCUUGUAUCUACACACUCCAGUGUGUCCCUCUCUCUGGGAAGUGUAAUGGACAGGAAGAUUGCGUAGACGGAUCUGAUGAAAUGGAUUGUUCCCUCAAGCCCUCUCCUCAGCCCUGUGGUGAAAAGGAGUUCCAGUGUUCUGCAGACAAGUGUCUCCCAUCCCUCCUGCUGUGUGAUGGAGUGCCCGACUGUCACUUUAAUGAAGAUGAAUCUGGCUGCUCCAACAAGAGCUGUUCUAAUGGAGCUCUGACUUGCACCUCCUCUGACAGCUGUAUCCCAGCUCACAAGCGCUGUGAUGGUUUUGUUGAUUGCAUGGAUUUCCAACUUGAUGAAUCCACCUGCUCAGAGUGUCCAAUAAGUUACUGCCAAAACGGUGGGACUUGUGUCGUAGAGAAGAAUGGUCCUAUGUGUCG